UGCCUCGAAUGGUAAAAUCGUUAUUAAAGGCAAAAGCAAGGUUGUUGCUAUAAAACACUGCAAGUGGUCCUUUCCUUCCUUCUCUCUUCUUUCCCACUCAUCCCGUACAAGAGAGAAUAAAAUUCCGAGAAACACACAGAGAAACUGAGAGAAAAAAUCUGAAAACUCAAGACGGACUUUGAGUCCUUUUGCAAGAGAGAUGAAGAACUGCGAGCUGUGCCAGCUUCCUGCAAGAACCUAUUGCGAAUCGGACCAGGCGAUUUUAUGCUGGGACUGCGACGCCAAGGUUCACGGUGCCAAUUUCUUGGUGGCGAGGCACUCUAGGAGCCUCCUCUGCCAUUCGUGCCAGUCUCCGACGCCUUGGAAGGCCUCCGGUGAAAAGCUCGGCCAUACGUUUUCCGUGUGCGAGAGCUGUGUGGUCAGAGAUGAAAGCAGAGACGAAGACGAAGAGAGCCAAGGCGGCAAUGAUAAUGAAUUUGACUCCGAUAACGAUCCAGAUGAUGAUGAUGAUGAUGAUUUUGAUGAGGACGGAGAUAAUCAGGUGGUGCCGUGGUCUUCGACGACCCCGCCUCCACCGUCGCCGAGCUCAUCGAGCAGCGAAGAGGCUGCGAGUGCGUUAAACAAUGGCGAUACAGAAGGUCCCAAAACGGCCACCACCGUUUCGUUGAAGCGAAUCAGAGAAACGGCUUCGGAUCUUCGCUCUCAGGACGAUCUCGACCGUUCAUCUUCUCGACGGAGGUACGGCUCAGCUUCGGCAGCUCAAGCGAGUCGGCCCGAACCCGACGGCGGAGCCACUUCGUUUGACUCCUCGCGACCACGAAAAGACCGGAGAAUCGAUCUAAACGGGCCGGGUUCGCCGUCCGAACCCGUUAUUGAGUCGAAGAUGAUAUAUCGCCGGGAAGAUAGCCUUCGAUCUUGACGCUUCUGAGCGUCCUGGCCGUUGGAUAUGAGGUAGUUUAUGAUGAUAAUUCUUUUACUUACCUAACAACAGUCUCAACUGAUCCUGAUUUGACCAGUAGUUAAAUUUGUAUUAGUCAGACAAUUUGUUUUAAUUUUUUUUCUUAUUUUAACCGCGAUAGUAAUUCUGAUUCUUCCUUUUCGUGUCGUGCCAUAUAUUGUAAAGAAACUCUUUUUGGCAUAUGGAAAUGGAAUCUUUAUGUUUCUUUUUAAUUUAA